CGCAGGAAGGAAGUUGAGAAACGGUUGGGCUGUGAGCGGUGCUGUGGCGGCGGACUUUUCUAUUUUAAGCGUGGCCAUGUUUCUCCAGUAUUACAUGAACGAGCAGGGAGAUCGGGUGUAUACGCUGAAGAAAUUUGACCCAAUGGGACAACAGACUUGCUCGGCCCAUCCUGCUCGGUUCUCCCCGGACGACAAGUACUCUCGACACCGAAUCACCAUAAAGAAGCGCUUCAAGGUGCUCAUGACCCAACUGCCGCGCCCGGUCCUCUGAGGGUUCCUUCAAAGGCCUGUCUCGUCUGCCUCCUGAUACCCUUCGGAGAGCCCGUAACCAGACGUCAAUCCGUGAGCCCAGAAGCCUUACCACCCCGGGUCUUUGGAAGCCAGUCUCUUCAUUGCCUUUGAUAAUGCUUGUGUGAGGCGGUCGUGGCGGCAUCCCCAUUAACGGGAACAAGUUUGACUUCAUAUUUUGAAUUAUGGAUGGCCAGGUUAUUAAAGAUAAAAUAACUCGAAGGAGCUCACGUUUUGUGUGUUGCUGGAGGAAAGAAUUGAUAAUGUUGGUUUUUUAAAGCGAAUAAGAUGAGGUAGGAGAGUGCGCCCAGAAGUUGUAACAAGACUACUUGGAAGAAAAAUUUCAUCUACCACUGUAAUAGGAAUAGAGCUGUGCUGGGAGUUACAAAAUUGGAGGAAGGGGACGAAAGCACUAUUGUCACUAAAGUGAUAUCUUGCCCCUUUUGACUCAAAUUAGAAGAGUUGCUUGACUGUGGGAUGUUGGAAGUGAAGAGACUAGUACCAUUCUCUCCUGUAUGUAUAACUUUGAUAAUGUUCCUAAACCUAUUUAGUACACCUUUUCUCCUGUUUUCUUUCCUUUAAAAAAAAAAUUUAAGACAGCCUUCCUCUGUAAUUUAGGCUGGUUUUGAUGUCACUGUGUAGCUCAGGCUGGCCUUGAACACCAGUGAUCCCCCUGUUUCAGCCUCUAGAGUGUUAGGAAUUAAAGGCGUGUGUCAUCACACCUGUUUUUGU